AUGGGAAUUGAAAAGACGGGGAAAAAAGGUAUUCAAGAUAAACUGGACUACAUCAGGAAUUUAAAUAUAAAAACAGUUUGGAUUACUUCAUUUUAUAAAUCAUCCCUUAAAGAUUUCCGACAUGGUGUGGAAGAUUUCCGGGAAAUUGAUCCCAUUUUUGGAACAAUGAAAGAUUUUGAAAAUCUGAUUGCAGCCAUACAUGAUAAAGGUUUAAAAUUAAUCAUCGAUUUCAUACCAAACCACACCAGCAAUAAACAUGUUUGGUUUCAAUUGAGCCGGAACCGGACAGAGAAAUACAGUGACUAUUAUAUCUGGCAUAAUUGUACCCACAUAGAUGGAGUGACCACCCCACCCAACAACUGGCUAAGUGUCUAUGGCAACUCCAGCUGGCACUUUGACGAUGUGCGGAAGCAAUGCUAUUUUCACCAGUUCAGGAAAGAGCAACCGGAUUUGAAUUUCCGCAAUCGUGAUGUUCACCAAGAGAUAAAGGAAAUCAUCCAGUACUGGCUUGAAAAGGGUGUUGAUGGCUUUAGUUUCGAUGCUGUUAAAUUUCUUCUAGAAGCAACACACCUGAGAAAUGAGGCCCAAGUGAAUGUGUCCCAGAAUCCGGACACGGUCACACGCUACUCAGAGCUGCACCAUGACUUCACCACCACUCAGGUGGGCAUGCAUGAUAUUGUCCGCAGUUUCCGGCAGACGAUGGACCGCUACAGCAGGGAGCCCGGGAGGUACCGGUUCCUGGGGACAGAAGCCAAUGGGGACAGCAUUGACAGGACCAUGAUGUACUACGGGCUGCCUUUUAUCCAAGAAGCAGAUUUUCCCUUCAACAAUCACCUCACCGCGCUUGAUACCCCUGGGAACAGCGCACUGAAUAAGGUUAUCAUGUCCUGGAUGGAAAACAUGCCUGAAGGGAAGUGGCCUAAUUGGAUGAUUGGUGGACCAGACAACUCCCGCUUGACUUCGCGUUUGGGGAAAGAAUACAUCAAUGUCAUGAAUAUGCUUAUUUUAACACUCCCUGGAACGCCCAUAACUUACUAUGGGGAAGAAAUAGGAAUGGAAAAUAUUUUGUCUGCCAAUCUCAAUGAAGUCUAUGAUGCUAAUACACUCCUCUCAAAGUCACCAAUGCAGUGGGACAACAGCUCAAACGCUGGUUUUUCUGAAGGCAAUCACACUUGGUUACCCAUCAGUGCGGAUUACCACACUGUGAAUGUUGAUGCCCAGAACACUCAGUUAAGAUCAAGUUUGAAGCUGUAUCAAGAACUAAGUUCACUUCAUGCUAAUGAUCUGCUGCUCAGCAGGGGCUGGUUUUGCCAUGUGGGGAACACGGGGGACGAUGGCCGUGUGGUUGUGUACACGAGAGAGCUGGACGGCUUGGACCGAGUCUUGGCCGUGGCUCUGAAUUUUGGGGAGUCAACAUCAGUGGUAAACUUAGCAGCGAUGAUGUCGGGACUUCCCGCCACGGUGCACAUCCGCUUAAGUACCAAUUCUGCCAUCGAAGGCAGUGCCCUGGACACCAGUGCCAUCAAACUGGACAAGGGAGACGGGCUCAUCCUUGAAUACAAUACAAAGACCUUCCUUCAUUACGAAGCAGCUCUCCGAGACAGGUGUUUCGUGUCCAAUCGGGCCUGCUACUCCAGCGCGCUGGGCAUACUGCACAGCUUGUGUUAAGCACCUCUGCGCUCCAGAUGGGGACCCUGGCACACACGCUUAUCACAAGCAUUUGGUCACCUCCACCCACCAGGGGACGUCACAGAGGUCGUGGAGCCAGGGAAUGGAAAGAGAAUGGACUUCCCCAUGGAUGUUUUGAAGCCCCCUUAUAUAGCUUUCUUUCUGCUGAGUAAACCUUAUGAAGACUCGUCAAGAAACUUACGAUAUUUCAGUAGCUUGACUACAAAUGCUUAAGAAAGGCUCUCAAAUGUUCUUAAAUAAUAAUAAAGUAUUUAAAAGAAAGUGAUCCCUUGCAGGAACAUAUACGUUCACUGAAACAGCGUCGCUAAGAGGAUCAGAAUGCCUUAGAGCCCAGCUUACUUCAAAGAUGUGAUACAUUUAACGUGAAGAUUAUCUUUUUUCUUAAAAUCGAGUCAUAGAAAGUGGGAGGAUGACCCACUCCUACAAUGCUACAGAGCUAAAAAGGCUCACUGGUGAAGAGGUGGCGGGAACAUUGAUUUAGAAAUGGUUCCAGGGAAACAGACAAAACCAAAAAGCUCUUCUGACUGGGAGGGCCACACCCAGAGCCCCGAGGCCACCCACCCCUCCUCCCUUGCUCCCUAACCUGUGCCCUUUGAAGGUGCAGGGUUUGAAAACUGAUUUCAUUAGGUUUAGGGCGUCAAUAGAUAGAACAGUAUCAACAAGUGAGAUCUAAACUAAGAUUAAUUUAGGUAAAGUAGCAAAUUUUAAAAAAGAUUACUUAAUAACUGGAAAAAAGAAUCUCACUUUGCUAAUGCAAUGACGAGAAAGACGGAAAUCUUUCAGCAUGUUUCCCAUGCUUAGUUGGUGGUGGUGGUUCAGAAUUUUAAGUAUUUCUUAAGGUCCUCAAAAACAUUGGUGCUGUCCAGUCCAAGCUCCUCGUACAGGAAUUUAAUUUGGGCUGUAAUCUAAAAGAAACACAUGUGAAAUCAGACGGAUGGCAUACGCAGUCAAGUUCUUGUGUCUAUCCAUCUUCAUUUAACCGGAAGUCAGCAAUCUAUGGUGAAGGUACUUUGACUCAGGGUAUGGGCAGAAGCUCCCAGCAGUUAAGAUUCUAUUCCAGGCGGCCCUUGAACAGCACGGAUUGGAACUUCAUGGGUCUACUUGUGUGUAAUUUCCCCCCAAAAAUGCCCUAGGAUCCUAAUCUUCUCUGUGUGAGCAAGUAAAAAGUGAUUAAGCUCA